CUGUGGUCGCUCACCAUCCCCACCACCCGCACCACUGAAAGGGUCCUUCUAAUCCUUAGCCGUGGAAAAAAAAGCUUGCCCGGUCCGUCUUUGCCGGUUUUCCCUUAAACUAAGCGGGUUUCAAGUUUCAGCCCCUCCUUGAAUUCCAGCCUGCUGGGACUCCCGCCAGACCCUUCCAAAAUGGAGCCUCUCGCUGCUCACCCAUUAAAAUGCUCCGGGCCCAAAGCAAAAGUAUUUGCAGUUUUGCUGUCUAUGGUCCUAUGCACAAUGAUGCUGUUUCUUCUACAACUAAAAUUCGUAAAACCUAAAAUCAACAGCUUUUAUACUUUUGAAGUGAAAGAUGCCAAAGGAAGAACGGUUUCUCUGGAAAAGUUUAAAGGCAAAGAGGUUACACUAGUUGUAAACGUGGCUAGUGACUGCCAGCUCACUGACAAAAAUUACUUAGCGCUGAAGGAACUACACAAGGAGUUUGGACCAUUCCAUUUCAGCGUCUUGGCUUUUCCCUGCAAUCAGUUUGGCGAAUCGGAGCCCCGAUCGAGCAAGGAAAUAGAAGCUUUCGCAAGACAGAACUAUGGAGUAACGUUCCCCAUCUUCCACAAGAUUAAGAUUCUAGGAUCUCAAGCAGAACCUGCCUUUAAAUUUCUUGUUGAUUCUUCAAAGAGGGAACCAAGGUGGAAUUUUUGGAAAUACCUGGUCAAUCCUGAAGGUCAAGUGGUGAAGUACUGGAGGCCAGAGGAACCAGUUGAGGCCAUCAAGCCUGACAUUGUAGAACUCAUUAGACAAAUCAUCGUCAAAAAGAAAGAGGAUCUAUGAGCACACCACUGAGCCACAUCGAUGCAGGGUAACAGAGAAACACUGUCAGAGAAUUUGGUCUCACUUUCAACGUUUUGACAAUUAAAUGGGGCACUGAAGAAUUUUUUUAUGUUUUCUCGCUAGUCAAUGAUAAUGAAUAUCCCCAGGACACGUCACCCGACUAUAUUAAAUACUUCAUCUGACCGCAUGGAAAAAUUCAGAAUAUACAGUUGCCAAUGUGCUUCAAUACUCUAUUAUUCAACCCGACAUCUUCUAGGGUUCCCUUUUAUGGAAAUGCUAGCACGGUACACCAACGGAUUCAAGAGCAGCGUAUGUGGCUAAAAUUUUCUGAGUAGCUAACUGUAAUGGCUAUGUUAAUGUAAAUAAAACACAAAAUAAAUUAGGAAAGAUGUAAAAUAUUCAUAGAGCCAAAUCCUUAUAUAUGUUCAUCUGCUUCAUAUACUAGAUUUUGUUUACUUUUAUAGUACAGGUUUCUAGUGUGUUCAACUAUAACUGGCCAAAUAGUCACUUAUGCUAUCACAAUAUUUGAAAAAGCCUUCAUAUUCAAUACUUUUCUCCCCAUUGUGUUCUAGCAAUGUCAUAGUCCAUAAAUAGAAUGUUAAUAUGCUCAGACUAAAUUAGUCAUUUGGAAAGAAUUCAAUGCUGCACCAUUGUGAUAGCUCAAACAGUAAAAAUCAGCUCCCGGCAGUCUAAACUCUAAUGUAAACAAGAGGAGGGAUGUGACUGCAAUCACAAAAUGUCCUAAAAUGUAGACUUUUUAGUAGAAACACAAUAUACUUUCUUUCCCAAAGUCAUGACUUUUACAUUUAUCCACCUUGUAAAUAUUGACUAACAAAACAACCUGCCAAAUUGGUAAAGGUUGUUGUCCUAUGAUAUAUAUAUUCAUUGUAUAAAAGAAGUAAAUAUGAAGACUGUGGAGUGAGGGAGUGUGUGUGUGUGUGUGUGUGUGUGUGUAAAUAGUAUAACAUUUGGCUAAGAAGGAAGAAGACCCAAUUUAAAUAGCCUGUGACUUACCUCUGUAAUUCUGACCUAAUGGAUGAAAGUGAAAAUAUUUUUGCAGUAAAUCAAUAAUAGCUCCACCAUACAUACAUGUAUGUAUGGACUAAAAUCCUUAAAGAAACAAAAAAAAUAUUUCCUAGAGCACCUGCUGCUUUAGUCUAUAUCCAACCACUGAGCCAUGAAGGUGGUUAGUGAGGCUCUUGGUGGAGGCGGAGACAGUUUCCAUUGGUGGUGAUGAGAAUUGGCAGGGCUGGCUGCAAGAAUAUCAAAUUAGUGUGGAAGCAAACGUGCUUCCAUCUCUCACCAGCUGCAGGAUUGUGGCAAGUCAUUUUCCUCACCUGUACAUUAAGUGGGGAUCAAAUGAAACAAAAAGCCCCUUCCAGUUCUAAAAGUCAAUAAGCAUACUUAACAGAACAAAUCAGAACAAACCUGUAUUAUCAGUGAAGAAACAAAAACCACCCUGUAAGUCCACCUGUCCUUUAUAAUUGUACCCUAAAGAGCCUAUUGGUAAUUUGAAUCCUGAGCCUCUAGACAAAAUUUUAAUCAGGGCAACCCCUGUAAGUGUUGUUGCCCCAGUGCUCUUGCCAUGUGCCCAACAGUUACAGCACUGGUGGGAUGUUUUCCUGUGCCUGCAUUAGACCUGUGAGCAGAACUGAACGUGCCAGCAUCACAAGGGAAACACAGACGGAUGGUAACCGAGCUGCGUGGGGGAUGACCUUGACUUGUAAUUCUGAUGCCUUCCACAUCUUCAGUCACUAGUUCUCUCCAAAGCCAGAGAGAACGGGUGUCUUAUACAAGAUGCAAUCAAAAUAUAUAAUAAAUGGAGGCCAGGGAUUUAGCUCAGUGGUGCUGCUGCCUGCCUCAC